AUGCAGCUCCUCACACUCCUCGCGCUCGCAGCGCUCACCACGCACGCAUCCGCCGUGACAUGGUACUACCUCGACUUCACGACGCCAUCCGGGUCGUACAUCACCUCGUUCAGCGGCACGAUGGUCGCGCCGGGCCUGCCGCAGGCGGCGACGUACUACCUCUGGCCGGGCCUGCAGCCGAGCGGGAACGCGGGCGUGCUCCAGCAGGUGCUCGACGGGCGCAGCGGCGAGUGGUGGAUCGGCUCCGGGUGGUGCUGCAGCGACCCCGACCUGCCCUGGGGCAGCGGCUUCAACGUGGCGGACGGCGCGGCGGUCGCGUUUUCGAAUGUGGUGGAUGAUAUUGAUGAGGGGACUUGGAGCACGUCGCUCUCGUCCGGGAGCAACUCGGCGACGGGCUCCUUCGCGCUGCCGACGCACCCGAUGGACCAGGCGAUCAUGGCCAUCGAGCUGUACAACGUUACGUGGGACUUUGGGGCGCUCACGUUCGAGGACGUAGUGAUCGUGGCUAACACUACCUCGACGUCCUGGUGCACGGGUGGCGGCACGAACUACAACAAUGCUGCCGUCAUUUCCAUGAGCUCCCCCACUGCGACGACCAGCGGUCCCGCGACGACAUGCUCGAUUGCGAGUAUCGUGUUUGAAUAUCCUGCUUAG